AUGAAUAUUGUCUCCUGGAAUGUUCGGGGCCUGGGGAAACCGGCAAAGCGGUUCUUAGUUCGGGAUUUUCUUAACCUGCACUUUGCUGAAGUGUGCUGCCUCCAAGAGUCUAAGUUAGAGUUGGUUUCCCAAUUGUUAUGGCGUGAGAUUGGUGGUCCUCGCUUGGAUCAGUUUGCGUUUGCUCCGGCGAAAGGCACAGCGGGAGGUAUCAUUGUGGGUUGGAAUAGUGCUGAUAUCAUAGGUCAAGUGGUGUUUGUGGGCGAAUUUAGCUUGACUAUGGCGUUUUUUUCUAAGCGUUUUAACUUCAGCCGGCGAUGCACUUCGGUCUAUGGACCUGUGGAUCGGUCUCGCAAACAGGCUUUCUGGGAUGAACUUCGGGCUGUUAGUGGCGAGUCGGUGGUGCCUAUGGUUAUUUGUGGUGAUUUCAAUGCCAUUUUUAACUUGGAAGACAAACUUACGGGUGUUCCUAACUUGGAGGAUAUUCAGUGUGCAAAUGCCUUCUUGCAGGACUAUGCCUUUUUUGAACCCUCCUCAAAGGGUAGACGUUUCACCUGGACUAAUGGACAGUCUAACCCAAUUUGGGUCAAAUUAGAUUGUUUUCUAGUCAACGGUGCUUGGGCUGAGCGCUUUCCUAGGUUGACUCAAUCUAGUCUCCCGAGGUUAGGUUCGGACCAUGUGCCGAUCCGUUUGGAAGCGGGCUCUCACUUGGUGUGUCCUAAGCGGUUCAGAUUUGAGUUCGUCUGGACUACGGCGGAGGGGUUCUCUGAGAUUGUGAAGAACUGGUGGAAGGAGUGUUCAUUUUCGGGUUGUGGGGCUUUCAUCUUAUCCAAGAAGCUGUCGAACUUGAAAGUUAAGCUAAAGCACUGGGCGAAGUUUGAUUUUGGUUCUAUUAAAUUAAGGAAGCUGGACUUAUUACGGCAGUUAGAGGAAUUGGAUUUGAUCAAUGAAGAUAGGGGCCUUUUAGUGUCUGAACAACAACAGGAGCUUGUUUUGAUUGUCUGUCUUGAAGAGAUCAGGAAACAAGAGGAGAUUUAUUGGAAGCAAAGGUCGAGAUUGCAGUGGCUAAAGGAUGGGGAUGAAAAUACGAAAUUUUUCCAAGCGGUGGCUAAUGGCCGUAAAAAUAGGAAUUUCAUUCCUUACAUCUCAAAGGAUGGGUCUCGGGUUGAGAAUCUGUGCGACAUUGGGAAGUUUUUUGAGGCUCAUUUCCGGCUUAUUUUUGGUCAAAAGCGGCAAUCUAGGAUUAAUAUUGACUUUGAGAAGUUAUUCGAGUAUAAGAAUAGUGUUGAUCUAACUGUUUUUGAGAGGCCUUUCACUAUUGAGGAAGUUAAAGGGGCGCACUUCUGCGAGACUAUCAAGGAGGAUUUAUGGAGAUUUUGCGAUGACUUCUACUUGGGUAAAGCAAACUUGGAAAGAAUUAAUUGGGCUUCUAUUGCUCUUAUUCCGAAGGUCGAAUCUCCUGUUGUUCUGGGGGACUAUCGGCCUAUCAGCCUCAUUAACUCCACUUUGAAAAUUAUUUCAAAAGUGUUAGCUUCGAGGCUGAGCAAAGUUUUGCAUCUGUUGGUUGAUGAGGACCAAACGGCUUUCUUAAAAGGGAGAUGCAUUCUUGAUAAUAUUGCUACUGCGGAAGAAUUGAUUUUCGGUAUGCAUCGAUCUAAUUUGGAGGGACAUAUUCUAAAAGUGGACUUUGCGAAAGCCUUUGAUACAGUGGACUGGGAAUUCCUGUUAGAAUUGUUGGAGGCAAGGGGUUUUGGGAACCGGUGGGUGGGUUGGAUUCAAAGUAUCCUCCUCUCAUCGAAGGCGUCUAUUCUUAUUAAUGGUUCCCAGCAGGGUUAUGUACGCUAUCAAAGAGGACUGCGUCACUCGAUGUUCAAACAUGCGUUAAGAUCCAAAGUUUUAGUGGGAGUUCAGCUUGGGGAGUUUGGCAGUAGAUGCAAUCUUCAUUUCGCAGAUGACUUGUUGGUGUUAACUACAGGUGGCUUGGAAGACCUGAGAAUAGUAACCAGUAAGUUGGGUGUUAUCCCGGAUGAGUCUGCGGUGACUACUCUCAAUUGCUCUGUUGGAUCCUUACCGGCCACUUAUCUCGGAUUACCUAUUUCUGGGAGACGUCCUCGAAGGAAAGAUUGGGAGGGUCUGAUUUUGAAAGUUAAGCAACGUUUGUCAUCAUGGAAAAGGAUUGAUAGGAUCAGGAGGGAUUUUCUGUGGUCUGGACCUGAUUUGGACCACCCGGGUUGUCGUUUGGAUUACUGGGUUGAGGGGAGAACGCCCAUGAACUUGUGGCCUGAGGAGUACCAUGCCUCCGGGAUGCCUAAUGGUACUGUUAGUGAGCAUGCUGAGAUGCUUGAGAGCCUGCCUUUCAUCAAUUUCCCUGAUUUGCGACUGCUUUUGGGACAAUUGCGAUCCUCGAAUGGAUUAGGGAGAGACCAUAAAAAGUGGAGUCUCACCGGAAAUGCAUCUUCGGAGAGUUCCCAAGCGAAGCUUGAAGGUUCUAUUGAGUGCAUUCGGCGCAGCCUGAACUUCUUGGGGCCGAGAGGAGAGGAGACUGGUCAAGGGUCAUCCUUAGAGGCUAUUCACGAGCAGGGCGAUGAUUAG